AUGUUUUAUCAAGAACCUAUUAUUGAUAAUGAAUAUAAUUAUAAUAAGCAUAAAUUUGGUGGUGUUAAAACUAUUCUAAAAUCAAAAAAUUAUUUAGAAUCAGAAAAUUUUAUUACACAUGAUAGUGAUUUAUCAUGUUCUAUUAUGGAAGAAUGUAAAUGGUCAAAUGAUCAGGAUGAUGCAUUAGAUUGGAUUAUAAUUGAUAAUGAAAAUGGUUAUGUAAAAAAUUUACUACCAAAAAAAUUUUUACAAAAUAGUAAUGAAUAUUUUUUGGUAUCAACUAGUGAAAGACCAUCAUAUGAUAGUGCACAUCUUAUUAGUGAUCCAAUUAAUUGCCAAAAUACAUAUGGUUAUUUAUCAUUUAAAUGUUUUAUAUCUCAACCAAAAGAUAUUGGAAAUCCUCCAAUUUUAGAAAUAUGUACAAAAGUUAUUAAACAAAAAGAUUUAACAAAUUGCCAAAGAGUACACACAAACCCAAAUUAUUAUGUUCAUAAAAAAAUUCCUGAAAUGGAUUUACCAUUUAGUAUUGUCAUUAGAGCAUCAAAUUUUAAUAAUCCAGUUGAGGGUGGUUUAGUUGUUAUUCAUGAUAUAAAAUAUGAAAUAGGAAAAGAAGGAGUUAUAAAUAGUUGUGAAUUAAUAAAUUCUUUAGAUAUUAAUAAUAAUGAUUUAUCUUUAUUAAAUAAUAUCCCAUCAGUUACUAUUAAUUAUGAAACAUUAAAUCAAGAAGAUAAUCUAAAUAAUGAAAAUUUUGUUAAAGAAAUUGAACCUAACAAUAGGAUAUAUCCAUUACCUAAAAAUGAAAAAAAUGAUGUAAUUGAAUCAGUUGAAUAUGAAAAUGAAAAUGAACAAUUAAAAUUGUCAACAAAAAAAAUAGAUAUAAUAAAGAGUGAGGAAAAUUUAAUAGUUAAUGAUAAAAAUAAUAUUUUACCAUUACCAAAAAUGAUAGAUAAUAAUAAUAAUAAUAAUAUUAAUGUUCAAAAUUCAAAUUACGAUGAAUCAAAAAUGAGUUGUGAUGUUAUUAAAUGUUCACCAGAAAGAUUAUCAAGAGAGACAAAUUGUCUUUACAAUAAUUUUAUUAUUACAUCUGAUGGUGAAGAAUCACUUGGUUCUGGAUGGGAAGUAGUUCUCGUUAACGAUUAUCCAUCAAGCCAAUUAAUGAAUGAAAAAUAUUCUAGAAAAAAUAUUUUAAUUGAUAAUUUAUUUUUGACAGCUAAUUUUUAUGGUAAUGAUACACCAACAUAUAUUUUUGAAAGUCCAAAUGUUAAUUUUGAUGAUUCAAAAGAAUUAUACUUAUCAUUUCAAAGGCAUAUAUCAAUAACAGGUGUUGAACUUGUUAUUUGUGGUAAUAAAAAUGGUUCUAAUUGUUUUUGGAGUAGUGAAGGAGAUGAAAUUAAAGAUGAAUGGAUAAUUGAACAUGUACCUUUAAUUCCAGAACUUUCAAAUAUUGUUUUUAUUGCAAAGCCCAAUUAUAACGUGUCGCCGCAAACGAUAGGUCAAGUUGGUUUAUUUGACAUCAAAUUGUAUAUUAAAAAAAAUGAUUCAUUAAUACUCUAUUGUUAA